AAUCAUAAAGUCUGGGUCACCUCAAGCUACAGUCUGUCUGUUUUCUGUUCUCAGGAAAGAGCAUGGCCCCAGCCAAUAAAACUCCAGCUACGAGUCGCUCUCGACGCUGUUCUUCUCGCUCACAUCGCCUCGUCUAACAACGAUGUCUGUGUGCUUGAACGGUCCAAUUCCCGACUGAGAGAGAAACUGCAACCCUUCCUAAAACCCAUUCCAAUGGAGGCCAAAGCCAAGAAGGGGAAGGGGAUGUUCGGGCUGAAAGUGAAGAAGAGGAAGAAGACAGUCACCACAUCUGAUCUCGUCUUGGCCAAUAAAGCAGCUCUAGAUGGUGCAGAGCCAGAGGGCAAUGCUGAGGUCACUGGCCUGUUAGAAGGACAGUACCCCGACGAUGGUCAGCCUGGCCCUUCGGGAACCACACCUGUCAGACAGCUACCCCAGACCAAGAGGUCUAAACUAAGACCAAAGAUUCUGGACAGUGAGAAAAAGCCAGAGAGUUUCCAGAUUGCCAUCAACAUCACCGAGGCCAAACAGCUGGUGGGGGAGAACAUUGACCCUAGUGUAAUCAUGGAGAUCGGAGAUGAGAAGAAACAGACCACUGUCAAAGAGGGCACCAACGCCCCUUUCAUCAAUGAGUACUUCGUGUUUGAUUAUUACGGUCAUCAAGAGAGCUUUUUUGACAAAGUCAUCAAACUAUCAGUGAUGCAUACCAAGAUCAUGAAAGGCUUCUGUGUGGGCUCCUUCAAGAUGGAUGUGGGAACGGUCUAUAGACAACCUGGUCACCAGUUCACCAAUAAGUGGGCGGUGCUGACGGACCCGGCAGACAUCAGGACCGGGGUCAAAGGUUACCUGAAGUGCGACAUCAGCGUGAUGGGGAAGGGAGACGCCAUACAGCCCUCUCAGAAGACCAGCGAUGCUGAGGAGCAGAUAGACAAGAACCUGUUGGUUCCCGAGGGGUUCCCUUCGGAGCGUCCCUGGGCCAGGUUCUAUGUGAAGGUGUACAGAGCGGAGGGUCUGCCUCGUAACAACUCCUCCAUCAUGGCUAACGUCACCAAGGCCUUCAUAGGGGACAACACAGCCCUCAUAGACCCAUACGUGGUGGUGUCCUUCUUCAAACAGAUGGGCAGAACGGCCACCCAGAAAAGUACAGCAGACCCUGAGUGGAACGAGCAGAUAAUAUUUACUGAGAUGUUCCCUCCUCUGUGUCAGCGGCUGAAGAUCCAGGUUUGGGACGAGGGCAGUAUGAACGACGUAGCCAUAGGAACACACUACAUCGACCUGCAGAGGAUCUCCAACAAACAGGACGGGGACAAAGGCUUCCUCCCUACGUUCGGACCGGCCUGGGUCAACAUCUACGGUUCGGCCCGUAACUUCUCUAUGGUUGAUGACAACCCCGAACUGAACGAGGGGGUCAGGGAAGGGGUGUCGUGGAGGGGCAGGGUGUACCUGGAACUAUCUGUAGAGAUACUGUCAGGGGGGGGGGGGAGAGUCCAAGCUGUUAGUCAAACCUCUGAAGGACACCAAGGCAGGUAA